UCGCUCUUCACUGAUAUGAAAGUGCCGUCCUUUACUGGUGAUCACACUUGGUUACUUUCUCUAGAACGAGUAGCACAAGAGAAGUAAAUCAUGCCGUUGUCUUCAGUCCCAGCUCGUCUUACACUUCUUGCACUUUUCUCUGCCACCACCUUCUAUUUUCUGUACAAGUCUCGCCGCCUCAGACACCUGAAACUUCCUCUAUAUCAUAAACCCACUCUUCCCAAUGCCAGAGGGAAGAUUCUCUUCGUUUCUCAAACAGGUACUUCCAAAUCCCUUGCUCAGCGUCUUCACGAGCUGUUGGCGGCCAACGACCUCGCAUUCGACCUCGUCGACCCCAAGGACUAUGAACCUGAGGACCUUCCUAAAGAAACUCUUGUCCUUAUCAUAGCUUCAACAUGGGAAGAUGGAAAACCACCUGCAAGUGCCAAAUUCUUUGCUACUUGGCUCGCUGAAAGUGCCAAGGAUUUUAGGGUGGGCUCUUUGUUGCUUUCGGGGUGCAAAUUUUCUAUAUUCGGCGUAGGGAGCCAAGCAUAUGGAGCCACUUUCAAUGCUGUUGCAAGGGAUUUGGCAGAGCAGAUGAAGGCGUUGGGGGCGACAGAGAUACUUCCCUUGUGUGAAGGAGAUGUCGACGUAGGUGAUAUAGAUGGGGUUUUUGAUCUUUGGAGUGCAAAGGUGGUUAGGUUUUUGAAGGGCGCUGUUUUAGAAAAUGGCGGGGUUUUUGAGUCCAAUGUCAACGGGGAAUGCAAUGCCCAAAGCCUUGGGGAUUCCGAAGAGGAGUCAGAUGAAGAGAACGGUAUGGAGUCGGAGAUUGUUGAUCUCGAGGACAUUGCGGGUAAAGCUCCUUCGAGGAAGUCGGUGCCAGUAGUUGAAAAUAAUGGGAAAUUCGAUGGUAAAAGAGAAAUGGUGACGCCAGUGAUCAGAGCAAACUUACAAAAACAGGGAUACAAAAUCAUUGGUUCACACAGUGGUGUUAAAAUUUGUAGAUGGACCAAGUCACAACUUCGAGGUCGAGGUGGUUGCUACAAGCACUCAUUUUAUGGCAUAGAGAGUCAUAGGUGCAUGGAGGCAACACCUAGUUUGGCAUGUGCAAAUAAAUGUGUUUUCUGCUGGAGGCAUCACACAAAUCCAGUAGGGAAGAGUUGGCAGUGGAAGAUGGAUGAUCCAAUAGAAAUUGUAAAUUCUGCAAUAGACCUACAUACUAAUAUGAUUAAGCAAAUGAAAGGAGUCCCUGGAGUCACCUUGGAGCGAUUAUCUGAAGGUCUCUCUCCUCGACAUUGUGCAUUAUCACUUGUUGGAGAACCUAUCAUGUAUCCAGAGAUCAAUUCACUUAUAGAUGAGCUUCAUAGACGGCGGAUUUCUACAUUUCUAGUGACAAAUGCACAGUUUCCAGAGAAGAUUAAGUUUCUAAAGCCUGUCACCCAGUUAUAUGUUAGUGUAGAUGCUGCUACAAAGGAUGCUUUGAAGGCAAUAGAUAGGCCACUUUUUGGAGAUUUCUGGGAGCGAUUCAUGGAUUCCUUGACUGCUUUAAAGGAGAAAGAGCAGCGAACUGUUUAUCGUUUGACCCUGGUUAAAGGUUGGAAUACAGAUGAUGUGGAUGCUUAUUCUAAACUCUUUAGUAUAGGAAAACCUGACUUUGUAGAAAUUAAGGGAGUCACAUAUUGCGGCUCGUCUGCUACAUCAAAAUUGACUAUGGAAAAUGUUCCCUGGCAUACUGAUGUGAAAGCUUUCUCAGAGGCAUUGGCUCUGAAAAGCCAAGGGGAGUAUGAAGUUGCCUGUGAGCAUGCUCACUCGUGUUGUGUCCUCUUGGCGAAAACUGAGAAAUUCAAGAUUGAUGGCCAAUGGUACACAUGGAUAGACUAUGAGAAAUUUCAUGACCUGGUGGCUUCUGGAAGAAGUUUUAACAGCAGGGAUUACAUGGCUGCCACGCCACCCUGGGCUGUCUAUGGAGCCGAGGAAGGUGGAUUUGAUCCUGGACAAUUGAGAUAUAGGAAGGAGCGACAUCAUAAAUCAAGCCGAUGAUCAUUCAGGUCAGAGAUACAAGAAACUUGGGCCAGCAACCUCUGUUCCCCACCCUUUUAUCUUUUUAUUUUUUAGAAGUUUCAUUACCAAAGCAUAACUCAGUUGCUUAUACUAGAGGACGUCAUCUUAAUACAUGGCUUUGCACUUGGGAUUAACCAUUGCAAUGUAAUUUAUCCCAUCCCACCUUUCUGGUUUUCCCCUAUUCAAGGAAGUUGAAGGUAGCACUUCUUGUUUCCCAACUCUUCAACUACUCUAAAGAUCACGACGGUGAACAUUUAGUUGUAGAAUUGGGAAGCGUGCCUUAUCGCAAAGUUCCGUUUGGUUGGUGCAAGGCAUGUGAAUUCCUUAAAAAUUGAGAUGUAUAGUAUUUCAUUAUAUUUCUUUUAUCUUUAUUCAACAAUCAACAGUAACUUUCUUUCUUAUGAAGAGGGAAAAUAAAUACUCUGAUCACUGUUCAACAAUGAACAUCUCGGAGGCUGAGCUUUUCGCAACAACAUUCAUAGAAAUGUUGGACAUACUAUUUACCGCCAGGGAUUUAUAGCAGAUGGCUUAACCAACUAAAACUACAUGAAGGGGUUCUGAUCUACUUGUUAUGAGUGAAAUUUUGGUUAUCUUAAUUUUGUUUUGAUAAGUGGCAAGGGCACUUCCAAAUCUCCAAGGUGUUUGCGUCCCACUAAUGGUAAAUUUGUAUCAGACUAAUUUUUAUUGUGCAUUGUGUAUUGACCGUUCAAAUUU